AUGCAGCCCAGCACACUCGCCACCCGUGCGGACGCUAGUCUCUUUGAUCGCGGAGACAUGUCGUUCAUUAUUGUGGCCGGUGCCAUGGUCUCUUUCAUGGUGCCAGGUCUUGCAUUCCUCUACUCGGGUCUGUCGCGUCGUAAAAGCGCACUCUCUCUCAUCUGGGCCGUCUCAGCAGCCAACGCAGUCGUCAUUUUCCAAUGGUACUUCUGGGGCUACUCUCUCGCUUUCUCCACCACCGCCACCAACGGCUUCAUUGGCAACCUCGCUCGCUUUGGUCUCAUGGACGUCGAAGCAGAACCGUCACCCGGCUCUCCACUCAUCCCGGAGAUUCUCUACAGUUUCUUCCAGAUGGAGUUUGCGUGUGUAACUUUGGCCAUCCUCAUGGGCGGCCUUGCGGAACGAGGGCGUGUUCUCCCCGCCAUGGUGUUCACAUUUGCGUGGACUACCAUCGUCUACUGCCCUCUUGCGUGCUGGAUAUGGAGCGUACAUGGUUGGGCGUUCAAAUGGGGCGUCCUUGACUUUGCCGGUGGAGGCCCAGUAGAAAUUGGCAGUGGCGUCGGUGGGCUUGCGUACUCUUGGGUCUUGGGACGUAGGCACGAGCGCGAGCUCCUCAACUUCCGGCCCCACAACGUGUCUCUCGUCGGUCUCGGAACCUUCAUGCUCUGGUUCGGAUGGAUCGGCUUUAAUGGCGGAAGCGCAUUUGGGUCCAAUCUUCGGGCGAUCUUUGCCAUCUGGAAUACCAUGAUUGCUGCAGCCUUUGGGGGGAUGGUCUGGUGCCUGCUGGAUUUCCGCAUUGAAAGGCGUUGGAGUAUGGUUGGCUUCUGCUCAGGGACGAUCGCAGGACUCGUCGCAGCCACCCCCUCGUCCGGAUUCCUCAGGCCAUGGUCAUCGGUUAUCGUCGGAAUCCUGUCAGGUGGCCUCUGUAACUUCGCCACUAAAAUCAAAUUCAUGCUGAGGAUCGAUGAUGCUCUGGAUCUGUUCGCUGAGCACGCUGUCGGCGGUAUCGUCGGACUGAUGCUCAAUGCGUUCUUUGCGUCAACCUCUAUUAUUGCUAUGGACGGCGUCAACACCGGCAUUGCUGGCGGUUGGGUAGACCAUAACUGGAAGCAGCUCUACAUCCAGUUCGCCUAUGUUCUUGCGACCUGCGCCUACACCUUCGUGAUGACUGCCGUUGUCGCGAAAGGUAUUGACUUGAUUCCUGGAUUGGGACUGCGCAGCACACCUGACGGCGAGAGGGCCGGUAUGGACGAAGUCGAGAUCGGAGAGUUCGCCAGUGAUUACAUCGAACUGCGUCGUGACGUCGCCGACUGCUCUACCUUCGGUUUCCCUCGUCAGGAGUCUCCUUUCAAGGAAUUCAAGAACGGCGACGCGACGAACGAGAGACACGCACAAGAAACCGUACCCAACGGCCACCACCAAUCAGAAGAGCCUCUAGAACCUAUAUCUGAAAAGCCUGAAAACGGGCACGCUGCUGCUUCAUCAUAA